UUAUAAUUAUAUCGUGUCGAAAAAUUUGUAUAACACCGGGUAAACAAAAUAGUGUAAACCUGCAGUUAUUUCUUAAAUAAAUUAAUAGCGUGUUUUUAAGAAUAUAGAUAAACAAAGUUUAAUUUUCAAUAACAAGGAAUUAAUAAGGUUAAGUAAAACAGGUUUUAAAAAGAGACAAUUAAUUGAAUUUAUUGUAAGUAAGACAGGGUUCAACAUUUGUGACGCGAGUUAAUAUUUCAGAUCGGUGUUUAGGUAAACAUUUACCAUGCCAGAAAGUCUAUCUUUAGAAUUCAGUAACGAAGGAUUUGCCACGAUACGUAUGAUAAAUGGAGAGAACAGAUUCCAGAUAACGACAAUAGACGAAUGGAAUAAAACACUGGAUAAAGUCAUAGAAAAUGAAGGUACGAAGGCAUUGUUGAUAACAGGCGAGGGGAAGUUCUUUUCCAAUGGGAUUGACUUGCAAUGGCUAGCUCUUCAAAAAGGAGAUACUCCACGUGUGUAUAUGGUUAGACUAACGGAGCUGAUGACUCGAGUAUUGGUGUUUCCAGUUCCAACGGUGGCAAUUCUCAAUGGUCACGCGUUCGGGGGUGGUGCAUUUCUAGCUCUUGCAUGUGAUUUUCGUGUAAUGAGGCCAGACAAAGGUUGGUUGAAUUGGCCCGAGACAGCCAUUAAUCUCAGAUUUGGGGAACCUCUUCUUAAGCUUGCGAGAACAAAGAUUCCACCUGGCGUUGUACAGAGAGAAGCACUAUUGUUUGCCAAGCGUCUGACAGGAGAUUACGCCAAGCGUCUAGGCUUAGCGGAUGAAGUUGUUGAGGAAACAAAGAUGAUGGACACUGCAAGAAAACUUGUGAAGGAUGCCCUCGGUCGUAACGGACUUGGCAGGAAAAUAUUUGCAGACAUGAAAAAAGACAUUUACGGAAAAGAACUCGAUUUGUCGAAAUUAUAAAUAUUUAUUACGGUAUAUUGUAUUAUCUUGCAGUGCAAUAGGAGUCUAUCAGAUCAGUAUUUUUACCUUAAAAAGUGUUUCGUAAUUGUCGACUUAUACAAAGCAAUCAUACGGAAGCCAAGAACCAGGUGUUUCUUUCUCAGGAACAGGUGAACAGCCAUUUUCUAUAACUAAAUAUUUCCAGUUGGCUGCACUGUUUCAUUUUCUUCGGGUUAUCAAACAAUUUCACACAAAAAUAUAUCGAAUCACUUCUGGUUUCUUCUGAAAAGUUUAGGAUCUUGCGUCAGUCACUUGGUGGUCUAUAUUGAUUUGUUAUCGUUUAACAAAUAAUAUAUCCCACAAAGAGACUUUGUCGUUGAAUAUAAUCAUAGUUCGGAAUUUCAGUGCAAAGGAAUUACAUGUAUAACAUGAGGUGGUAGCAAGAGCGAUAUAUUAAUACGCAUCUGAACGCCAAACACUGUUGUUCUUUUUAUUCAAGAGCAAAUCAUCGUUUGAGAUAUAUUACUUCAAUACUAAUACGAUAUUGCUGAUUAAUAUUUACAUUAUUGACGUCAUCAACAACAUUUUUGCCAAUUUUGUGUGAUUCGUCAAUGGCGUUUGACGCUAUGAGAUUAUACCUGUGACGUACAAAUUAAUUUAUAGCGUAAUAAUGCCACAUUGUUAACUUUAUAUCAAACUGAAAAGAAUUAUAUACUGUUUUACUUAUGUAAUACCAAAUAUCCUGAUGAACUUGACUAAAGUGGGCAAAUAUUAAAACGUUACAAAAACAA